UCUCCAGAAGCUUCCCAAACCCCUAGUGUCAGUCUCACUAAAACCCUACGAAAACCCCUUUCCUUCAUCAUUCCCAACUCUUAAGCCCUCUCUCCGAAUUCGCUGCCCUGCAGGCCACCAUCACCAUGCACAGGCUCUCCACCCGCUCUCUCUCCGCCGCCCUUCGCCACGGCGGCGCACGUUAUCGGAACGCCGCCGCGGCUCCAAUCUCCUCCUCCUCUCCUCUCCCCGAUACGGUGCGAGAAAAAGAUAACAAACUAAGAUGUUACUCAGUAUUAACUACUGGGAAGCUCAAUAUUACAGAUUCUUUAACUCAAUUAAACUUGAAAAAUGGCCUGUUUUUCGGAAGCCGAUACGAGUCAACUGCGGCGGCCUCCGACUCAUCAGCCACACCACCAGCUGAGAGUUAUGAAUACCAAGCAGAGGUCAGUCGCCUUCUGGACCUCAUUGUGAACAGCUUAUAUAGUAACAAAGAGGUGUUUCUGAGAGAGCUCAUCAGUAAUGCAAGUGAUGCCUUGGACAAGCUGCGUUUUCUAAGUGUUACGGAGCCAGAACUUUUGAAGGAUGCAGUUGAUCUUGAUAUCCGCAUCCAAACUGAUAAAGACAAUGGCAUUGUAACUAUUAUUGAUACUGGCAUUGGGAUGACUCGGCAAGAACUUGUCGACUGUCUUGGAACUAUUGCACAAAGUGGAACUGCAAAGUUCUUAAAAGCAUUGAAGGAUAGCAAGGAUGCUGUUGGUGACAAUAAUUUAAUUGGUCAAUUUGGUGUAGGGUUCUAUUCAGCAUUCCUGGUUUCUGAUAAAGUUGUUGUUUCAUCAAAGAGCCCAAAGUCUGAUAAGCAAUAUGUAUGGGAAGGAGAGGCCAAUUCUAGCUCUUAUACUAUUCGGGAAGAGACAGAUCCCGAGAAGCUAAUUCCCAGAGGAACACGGCUUACUUUGUAUCUCAAGCGUGAUGACAAAGGUUUUGCUCACCCAGAACGGGUUGAGAAGCUUGUGAAAAACUAUUCGCAGUUUGUUUCUUUCCCAAUAUACACAUGGCAGGAAAAGGGAUAUACCAAGGAGGUUGAGGUUGAUGAGGAUCCAGCUGACGCCAAAAAGGAUGAACAAGAUGAAAAGACUGAGAAGAAGAAGAAAACCAAGACUGUUGUUGAAAGGUACUGGGAUUGGGAGCUCACUAAUGAGACCCAACCAAUAUGGCUUCGCAGCCCUAAGGAGGUUUCCACUGAGGACUACAAUGAAUUUUACAAGAAAACGUUUAAUGAGUAUUUGGAUCCAAUAGCGUCUUCACACUUUACAACAGAGGGUGAAGUUGAGUUCAGGUCCAUCCUCUAUGUGCCAGCUGUCUCCCCCAUGGGAAAGGAUGACAUAGUCAACCCAAAGACGAAAAAUAUUAGGCUCUAUGUUAAAAGGGUGUUCAUUUCAGAUGACUUCGAUGGAGAACUGUUCCCACGAUAUUUAAGCUUUGUCAAAGGUGUUGUCGACUCGAAUGAUCUUCCUCUCAAUGUAUCACGUGAAAUUCUUCAAGAGAGUCGUAUUGUGCGAAUUAUGAGGAAGCGCUUGGUGCGGAAGGCCUUUGACAUGAUUCUGGGAAUAUCAUUGAGUGAGAACAAAGAAGAUUAUGAGAAGUUCUGGGACAAUUUUGGCAAAUAUUUGAAAUUGGGUUGCAUUGAAGAUCGUGAAAACCACAAACGUAUUGCUCCACUACUUAGAUUUUUCUCUUCCCAAAGUGAUGAAGAGAUGAUCAGUUUGGAUGAGUAUGUUGAAAACAUGAAACCUGAGCAGAAGGACAUCUAUUACAUUGCCUCUGAUAGUGUGACAAGUGCGAAGAGCACACCUUUCCUCGAGAAACUUCUUGAAAAGGAUCUUGAAGUGUUGUUCUUGGUUGAUCCUAUUGAUGAGGUCGCCAUCCAGAACCUAAAAUCAUACAAGGAAAAGAAUUUCGUUGACAUUAGUAAGGAAGACUUAGAUUUAGGGGAUAAGAAUGAAGAAAAAGAAAAGGAGAUGAAGCAAGAAUUUGGUCAAACCUGUGAUUGGAUCAAGAAACGUUUGGGAGAUAAAGUUGCCAGUGUUCAAAUCUCAAAUCGUCUGAGCUCAUCGCCUUGUGUUCUUGUAUCUGGGAGGUUUGGUUGGUCGGCCAACAUGGAAAGGCUGAUGAAGUCGCAAACUGUUGGUGAUACCGCUAGCUUGGAGUAUAUGAGAGGCAGAAGGGUGUUUGAGAUUAAUCCUGAACACCCAAUCAUUAAAAACUUGAAUGCUGCAUUCAAGAGUAGCCCCGAUGAUGAAGAUGCUCUGAGAGCUAUUGAUCUCUUGUACGACGCGGCUUUGGUUUCUAGCGGCUACACUCCUGAAAAUCCAGCACAACUUGGUGGGAAGAUAUAUGAGAUGAUGGGUGUUGCUCUUUCUUGGAAAUGGUCAACCCCCGCAGAUGUCCCGCCUCCCGAAGCGAAUCCAGGCAAGCUCGGAACAUUAGAAGCCGAGGUGGUUGAACCAGUUGAGGCUGGUGGUCAGAAAUGAGGAGCACCGGAAAAUAUCUUCCAAGUCGUGGUUGCAUUUUUGUUCUUUCCGUCGUUCCAAGUCGUGGUUGAUUGUAGUAGAACAGAAUUGUUGGCUUGGCUGGUAUUUUUAGAGUAGCUUGACCAAGACCAACUCAUUUUUUCUAUUUUAUAAUCUAUAUUCUCGCUUUUACCAGCUAA